CACCCGCGUCGGCUUCCGUAGGAGUCAUUUCCGGACCUUGGGUUUGGCACACCGGAAGCGGCGGCGAGAAGGGGCGACCGGAGCGGCGCUGAGGGGGGGUCGAGAUGGCUGGGCACAGAUUGGUGUUAGUGCUGGGAGAUCUUCACAUCCCCCACCGCUGCAACAGCCUGCCGGCUAAAUUCAAGAAAUUGCUAGUUCCAGGAAAGAUCCAGCACAUCCUCUGCACGGGGAACCUCUGCACGAAGGACAGCUAUGACUACCUCAAGACCUUGGCGGGCGAUGUCCAUGUCGUGAGAGGGGAUUUGGAUGAGAACCUGAACUACCCUGAACAGAAAGUUGUAACCGUUGGACAGUUUAAGAUUGGCCUGAUUCAUGGCCAUCAAGUUAUUCCAUGGGGCGACGUGGCCAGCCUGGCGCUACUGCAGAGGCAAUUUGAUGUGGACAUCCUCAUUUCCGGCCACACACACAAAUUCGAGGCGUUUGAACAUGAAAACAAGUUCUACAUUAAUCCUGGCUCGGCAACAGGAGCCUACAGCGCCUUGGAAAACAACAUCAUUCCUUCAUUUGUGCUGAUGGACAUCCAAGCGUCUACGGUCGUGACCUAUGUUUAUCAGCUGAUUGGGGAUGACGUCAAAGUAGAAAGAAUCGAAUACAAGAAAUCUUAAAGCCAGUUGCUUUUUUUCUCUGCCUUUUCCCGGUCUUUUCUCUCUCCCCCCCACCAUUUUUUUUGCAGAAUGCCCCUAACGGUCCACAGCGUUUGCAAUAUUGUUUGCUUAUGAAAUGACUCUUCCCUUCCUGUAGACGACAGCGUUUACAGCCCAUGGCUUCUGCCUUGGCUUGGCUUUCUGUUGCCGGAACGCGGCUUAUGCUUGUAAAUAAUGUCCAAAGUGCACAGAGAAAUUCGGCGUGUUGCCGUGAAGCAGUCCCAGUCUUGUAAUAAACACUUGUUUUGACUUUA